UGAAGUCUCGGAGGAAUGGAGUUACCCUCGUUGUUUUGGGAAUUUCGCGCGAAUUGCCGUACUAUUUUUAUCGUGUGUGGGUGAAUCAGGUGUCUUAGCCGCCUUCGAUACUAUUUUCGAUAUCUUGGUAUUCACCGAGCUGCCUGCUGCGCGGGAUUCGCGUUCUAAAAAGAAGAACGGAGGAACGUGAGAUAUCCGCGGAAGGAUGAACGACAUGGAAGCUUACGGGGACGGAUACAUGGAGCCGGAGGAGGAGUGGGAGAGGGAAGGUCUUUUGGAUCCUGCUUGGGAAAAACAGCAGAAAAAGACCUUCACAGCCUGGUGUAACUCUCAUCUACGGAAAGCUGGAACCGCCAUCGAAUCGAUCGAGGACGACUUUAGAAAUGGACUGAAGCUGAUGCUGUUGCUGGAGGUGAUCUCUGGCGAGACUCUGCCAAGACCGGAUAGGGGCAAAAUGCGAUUCCACAAGAUCGCGAACGUGAACAAAGCCCUCGACUAUAUCGCCAGCAAAGGUGUCAAGCUGGUCUCCAUCGGAGCUGAGGAAAUCGUGGAUGGUAAUCUGAAGAUGACGCUUGGUAUGAUCUGGACUAUAAUCCUGCGAUUCGCUAUCCAAGACAUAUCCGUGGAGGAGAUGACCGCGAAGGAGGGUCUGUUGCUCUGGUGUCAACGGAAAACCGCGCCGUACAAGAACGUCAACGUACAGAACUUCCACCUGUCGUUCAAGGACGGUCUGGCGUUCUGCGCCCUCAUCCAUCGUCAUCGUCCGGAUCUGAUCGAUUACAAUAAACUUAGCAAAGAUAAUCCUCUAGAGAAUUUGAACACUGCCUUCGAUGUUGCUGAGAAGUAUCUCGACAUUCCUCGCAUGUUAGAUCCCGAUGAUUUGAUCAACACACCCAAGCCGGACGAGCGUGCAAUCAUGACGUACGUGUCCUGCUACUACCACGCGUUCCAAGGUGCUCAGCAGGCGGAGACAGCCGCGAAUCGUAUCUGCAAGGUUCUGAAAGUGAACCAAGAGAACGAGAGGCUGAUGGAAGAGUACGAGCGGCUGGCGUCCGAUCUGCUGGAAUGGAUACGACGAACAAUGCCCUGGCUGGCUAGUCGUCAGACCGACAAUUCUCUUGCCGGUUGUCAGAAGAAAUUGGAGGAAUACAGAACGUAUCGUCGCAAGCACAAGCCGCCCCGUGUCGAGCAGAAGGCCAAACUCGAAACGAAUUUCAAUACUUUGCAAACGAAAUUGAGACUGAGCAAUCGGCCCGCCUAUAUGCCGACAGAAGGAAAAAUGGUCUCGGAUAUUAACAAAGCCUGGAAAGGCCUGGAGCUGGCGGAGAAAUCGUUCGAGGAAUGGCUAUUGUCGGAAAUGAUGCGACUGGAGCGUUUGGAGCAUCUCGCCCAGAAAUUCAAGCACAAGGCGGACGCUCACGAGGAAUGGACAGCGGGAAAGGAGGAGAUGCUCACGUCGCAGCACUUCCGGCAAUGCAAACUGAACGAGCUGAAGGCUUUGAAGAAGAAACACGAGGCGUUCGAGUCCGAUCUCGCCGCUCAUCAGGACCGUGUCGAACAGAUAGCCGCCAUCGCGCAAGAGCUCAACACGUUGGAGUAUCACGACAGCGCGUCCGUUAAUGCUAGAUGUCAACGAAUCUGCGAUCAAUGGGAUCGUUUGGGCACUCUUACUCAACGCAGACGACAGGCGUUAGACGAAGCCGAGCGUAUCCUCGAGAAGAUCGACGUGUUGCAUCUCGAGUUUGCCAAACGAGCUGCUCCGUUCAACAACUGGCUGGAUGGAACCAGAGAGGAUUUGGUGGACAUGUUCAUUGUUCACACGAUGGAAGAAAUCCAGGGCCUGAUGGACGCUCACGCUGCGUUCAAAGCGACUCUCGGGGAAGCUGAUAAAGAGUACAACUCGAUCGUGGGAUUGGUUCGCGAAGUCGAGUCGAUAGUCAAACAAUUCCAAAUCCCCGGUGGUCUCGAGAAUCCGUACACUACGCUCACUGCAUUGGACCUCACGAAGAAGUGGAGCGAUGUCAGGCAGCUCGUUCCGCAACGCGAUGGUACAUUGCAAGCGGAACUUCGCAAACAACAGAACAACGAACUGCUUCGACGACAGUUCGCUGAGAAGGCCAACGCCGUUGGUCCAUGGAUAGAACGUCAAUUGGACGCAGUUACAGCUAUUGGUCUAGGUCUUCAGGGUACUCUGGAAGAUCAGCUGCAUCGUCUGAAGGAAUACGAACAGGCGGUCUAUCAGUACAAGGCUCACCUUGAGGAGCUAGAGAAGAUUCACCAAGCUGUCCAGGAAGGCAUGAUAUUUGAGAACCGAUACACUCAAUACACAAUGGAGACGUUACGAGUUGGUUGGGAACAGCUUCUGACUUCGAUAAACCGCAACAUCAACGAAGUCGAGAAUCAAAUUCUUACCAGAGACUCCAAGGGUAUCACGCAGGAACAACUCAACGAAUUCCGCAGCAGUUUCAAUCACUUUGACAAGAAUCGAACAGGAAGAUUGGCCCCUGACGAAUUUAAGUCUUGCCUGGUGUCUCUCGGUUACUCGAUUGGAAAGGACAGGCAAGGUGACAUCGAUUUCCAGCGUAUUCUGGCUAUCGUCGAUCCAAACAACUCCGGUUACGUACACUUCGAUGCGUUCCUGGACUUCAUGACGCGCGAAUCCACGGACACCGACACGGCUGAACAAGUAAUCGACAGCUUCCGUAUCCUUGCUGGUGACAAGCCGUAUAUUUUGGCGGACGAACUGAGGAGAGAACUACCGCCUGACCAGGCUGAAUACUGUAUUCUAAGAAUGCCGCCUUACAAAGGACCGAAUGCUAUGCCCGGGGCAUUGGACUAUCGUUCGUUCUCCACCGCCUUGUACGGCGAAUCUGAUCUGUAAAUCAACAACACGUCGACGCAACCGAAGGGAACACGUUUUUCGGACGAAUCCCAGUUGAAAAGCAAGUCAAAUGAUAUCCGAGAAGUUUGCUCUACGUUUUUUUUUUUGGUACUCUUAACGCACCUCAACACAAGUCAGGAAUAAACCGACACGCGAUCACGGAACCAUUAUUUAGUAUCAAAGAGUGCAGUACAAUGUUCGGAGCGUUUUUUCGAAGAAAAAAAAAGGGUCUCUAAAUAGUUUAUAUGCGUUACGAGUGUUAGCGAUUUUUUAUUCGUGGUAUUGUUUGAACGCGAAGGAACCCGAAGGAAUCCGAGGGUAGUCAUAUCGAUAGAUUUUGAUACACCGGUAUUUUCCUAGAGCGAACCCAGCCUCCCUUGCGAAGUAAAAACGUCGCUAAGCGCUCAACGAAGGUAAAGCUCGUAAUUGAGGAUAAGUCUGUACAGUGACAAUAAACGUCCUACUUGGAUACCUUCACGUU